UUCAAAUUCGAGAUGAUUAUUACAAAAGGCGCAUUUACAAUAACAUUAACAAAUUAAGACGUUGUACCAAACUCAAUUAAUAUUAUAAAAAUAGUUCUAACAGAAAAAUCAUUUUUUGAUAAACGAUAAUUAUUUAUUAUACAAAAAUACACAGAAUCCUAUAGAUGCAUUCCAUUUUUUUUCAAGCAUUAAUUUCUUAACUAUUGUAUUUCGUAUACCGUAUUGCAAAAUCAUAAAGUAUAACUCACAAUCAGAUUCCAAAAAAGUAAAAACUACUCAAAAUUUAUAAAAUCUACUCAUAAUUUAUAAAAUCUACUCAAAAUAAUAUGUAUAUAGAUAAGAUAAAUAAGAAUAAUAUAGAUUUGUGGUUGGUAGGAAGUUGGACAAUUAUAUCUUACAUCACUUUUAUUCUAAAAUCUUACAUUAUAAACAAGGGACUGGAAAAAACAAACUAGAAAACUAAGAUUAUUCAUUACAGUAACAAUUUCUUAUUUCCUGUAACGUCGCAAAAUAAGAUUACAUGUAUUACACGUUAAUGUUAUGAAAAUUAUUUAUUUAUUUAAUACGAAGUUUAUUAAAAAUUAUAUCUAAUAAUAAAAAUACUAGUCUACAAAGAAUUAAUUAAUUAACUACCUUAAACCUAUUUUCUACAAGAAAAGAUAAUAAAAUUAAUCUAAACUUAAAUAUAAAUUUCAAAUCAGUAUAAACAUAAAUUUUAGCUCACAAACACAUUCCAAAAGAAAAUGUGGAAAAUUCAUCACCAAUAAUUUCCCCUUUACCAGGAUAGUCAAGGACUACGCAGAUUCCAUUGCAGGAAUUAUUGUCAUGUACACCGGCGCACGAGUCAGAACCAUCAUUUAAUGAUAACUUUAUAUGUUCUUAGUUUUAUUAAAGAUCAGAACAUUUUUCAUUCUCAAGAUCAGGACUAGGAACAUAUAGACUUUCAAAUAACAGCAUCAAUUACCCCAUUCGUCUCUGAUACGAUAGUAUAUUCCCUGUUGCUAUUUGUAGAGUAACUUAGAAAAUCGAACUAACUUACACGGACAAACACCUAAUUCUCUUGACUUUAUUAGUUGAUGAACAGUUAAUUUUAAUAUAACUUCGAUAUCGAAUUCUACGAUUUAAAAUAAAUUUGCGUUCUAUUAAGUUUAGCAUCAAAUAUUAACUAAAAAUAACAAUAUCAAAAUUAACAAUUGUGCUUAAAUCAUUUUUUACAGAGUAUCGUUAUUAAUAAUAUAUAAAGCAGCCGUGAUUAUCAACAAUUUUAAAUAUUCGAUUGUACUGUCAAAUAUGUGACAGGGCUGAUAGCGAUGUUCGCUAGCCCUGUGCGCGGCACUCUCCUCGCACGGAUGUAGCGGCCGAGCGUGGCUAUGGUUGACAUAGCAUUCACGCGCUCGUGUCGUUGCAGGGCCUGGAGAGGGGAGAGCGCGGACGGCGGAGAAGACGGUGCGAGAAGGAGCGAGAUCGCGAAGAGCGUGAGAGAGAGCGAGAGAGGAAGAGGAAUGGGCGAGAACGCGGAAAGCGCGGCUCGCGCCGCGAGAAUUAAGAGAGCGGCAGAUAUUGAGGACAGUUGGAGAGUGACCGUACGCUAAUGAAGUCACGGCGCGAGAGAAGUUAGAGAAGUCUAAGCAGAAUAAAAUUCGUAUUUUUGUUGAUGUAACUACCAUUAAUCCCUAAAACAAUGAAGCCUUUAAAAUCUAAACAAAAAAUCAAGAAGGGAAAACAAAGUGAAGAAGAUGCUGAUUCUGACGUUGAGGAAAAGUCGAAGAAGGGAGAAGAGGAUAAUACUAUUUACCUGAAAAAGAAUGAGAAUCCUAAACGCAAGAAGAAAAAUGAAGUUAAAGCUAAAGUUCUAGAUUCUGAGUCUGAAGAAAACAGUGACGAUGAAAGUAUCUUAAGUAAUAAACCUAAGAAUAAAACUAAGGUAAAGUUAAAAGAUAAGCCAGUUAAGGAGGUUAAUCAGCGUGGUGAAUUGGAAGAUGCUAUUGAUACUGUAGAUAGAAUAAAUAAUGAUUUGGAUAAGUUUACUGGAUUAGCGAAAACUUUAACAGAGAAGGAAAUGAAGGCAAGAGAGAUUGAAGAGGCUGGGAAGGAGAUAAAAACUACUAUGUUACCGUUAAACGAAUGGACUGAUACUUCUAUUUUGGGUAAUGUUCAACCCUUUAAAAUUGUGAAUAAGAUACCACAUAUCUUAACAAUGGUUAGAACUUCCUCUGUAACUGAUGAUCCUACAUUAAUAGAGUCGCUUUUAUCUGGAAAAGAAACUAACGAACUAAUAACUAAGUCAUGUGAUAUGUUUAAAUCAGGAACAUCUUGUGUUAAAUAUGUUAUUGACUCUUUGGAUACUUUUGCUCCCUUGAGAUAUGACCCCGAAGGGUUUAACGAGACAUCUUUGCAGUUAAAGCAUUUUAGCGUAACUGGUGAUGGUGAUGCGAGUAUUAAUGAUGCUGAAGCUAGAACUAAAGCUUAUUGUGCAUUGUUGGAAUUAAUAUUAAAAUUGCGUUCUCAGGGUAACGUUAUUAUUCAAAGUCCUACAGUAACGACAAUCGCUAAUUUUGGUGUGCUUAAUGGCCCAAUUAACUUAUUAGCUGGAAAGAAUGUGCCUACAGGAAUGAUGCCACAUUUAUUGUUAGGAGUAUAUGCUUAUACUGCGAUGUGGUUUAGAAAUGAGGUGACCAAUUUAAUUAGUGAAGAUGACGUUGUUAUUGGUGAAUAUGAUUCUAUUGUGCAACCCGCCGGCACCAAUGCAAAGAAAAGAUCAAAUUAUGGCGUUAUCACUGAUCACGUUUUUGCUUCUUUGAAUCGAGUUAUGAUUAAUCAACAUGAUAGUAAGAGAGCUAAUGCAUUUGACUAUGUUCAAAACCUCAAGUAUUUAUUAUUAUAUAAAUGUAGUAUUGAAUUGGUCGGAGAGGCUGAGGCAGAUAUCUGGGAUAUAUAUAAUCCCAACAAUGAUGACGCUCAAAAAUAUAUUUUUGUAUUUUUGUUAUCUCCUAGAGUUCGGCAAUACCAAUAUCAGUAUUUAUCAAAAUUUUUACAUAAGAUGAAAGGCAUCAGGGAAAUUUCCGCUGCUGAUCGUUUGAUGAAUGAGAGGCAAUCACCCGAGGUUGUUGGUAUUCGGAGUAUAUUGGAGGAAUCAUUAAAUAGGAAAGUUAGAGGAUAUUCUUUAGGUCAUUGGUAUCAAGCUAUGGUAAUGGAGAGAGCCCAUGCUUUUAUUAGUCCUUCAGCAUAUCCAAAGGUUGAGUAUACUACUAUUCAGGACGCAAUUUUUGAUUUGUUGGCAUUUGCAUUAGAUGCUUUAACGUUUCCAAACACUUUCUGGUCCAACCUUCAUAUUUAUGGAUAUGUAUUAUAUAAAGCCUGGCAGUAUAUAAGACCUAGAGAAUUUUAGCAACUUAUUGCUAAU